AUGAGGGAGGACACGGUGACUCAGCCCGGCUGCAGGAGGGACACGAGGUUCUUCCUCCACCCCGAGCUGUCUGAGGACCUGGUGGACACUCACCCACCCGGGGCUCACAGCCUGGUCGCCGUGUCUGUAGGUUAUUUCCUUGAAGACUUUGUGGAUAUGUUGUGCAAUCAGGAACUUCGCCAGUCCUGGGAGCUGCUCUUCCAUCACUCUGUGGUGAUCGUCUGCUUUGGCAUCGCCGUGCUGCUCCACCAGUACGUCGGCUUUGCCCUGGUGGCUUUGCUGAUAGAGAUCAACUCCAUCUUCCUGCACGUGCGGCAGAUCCUGCUGAUGGCCAACCUGGUGCACACCAGGUGCUACCGCCUCAACAGCCUCCUCAACCUGGGCACCUACCUGGUGUUCCGCAUGGCCACGCUGGCCUGGAUGUCCCGCUGGCUCCUCCUCAACCGGCAGAACGUGCCCCCGGGGACCUACGCGGUGGGCACGGUGGGCAUGGCCCUCAUGACCCCCAUGAACGUCGUCCUCUUCUACCGCCUCCUGCGCAGCGACUUCUGCGGGCCCGGCCGGGCCGCGCGGCGGGAGAAGGAGCCAUGA